AUUCUGGUGUCAUUUAAUCUAUUUAAAGAACGACAAAAAAAAUAGUUUAGUCUUUGGUUCUUUGAUGUGAUAAAAAUGUCUCUCCCACCGAAGGUCGCGGGAAUGGUAAAUAUACCCAGGAGUGUUGUAGAUGAGUUCUAUAGAUACAAAAUGCCUGCAUUGAAGGCUAAGGUCGAGGGGCGCGGAAACGGAGUUAAGACUAGGAUUGAAAACAUGAUGGAAAUUGCCGCUGCAUUGAACCGCCCUCCGUCUUAUACGACCAAAUUUCUUGGAUACGAGCUUGGAACACAGACCAGCAUUGUGCCUAAAAGAAACACAUUUCUUGUGAACGGUCGACAUGAUCAAGAGUUUUUGGCUCGUCUGUUAGACGACUUCAUCGACAAGUUUUUAUUAUGCAAACGGUGUGGAAAUCCCGAGACGGCGAUGGAGGUUAAGAACAACCAGAUCGAUCUGAGGUGUCUUGCAUGCGGAGAGCUGAGUAGCGUCGACAUGAGACACCGGCUGGCUUCGUACAUAUUGAAGAAUUUACCACCGAAGCUAAAACAAACGCAGAUGCAAGAAAACAAACGCAUUCAACAAAGUGAGGAGACGGGACUUGACUAUGAUCUGGAUCCAUCUGAUACGGCAUCCGCACUUGUUGACGAUGAAUUCGAGAAGAAAUGGGAGCUCGAUACGACUCCUGAAUCAGUAGAAAUCAGAAGAAGGCAGAUGCUCGGCAAUAAGGAAUCGGAUAGCACACCAGUCGAUCCUAUAGAUGACCUGACCAAAUUUUUCUCUCAAGUCCCGCUUCCGAAUAGUGCCGAGAUUGUAGCCAAAGUGAAUUCAAUUGCUAGUAGCAACUCCUGGAAAGAUUCCAGCGUCAUAAUGGCUAUAUUUGGCAUUUUCUUUAAUGAGAAUAUCUGCAACCAAAUACCCGAGAAGGCCCCUAUUUUGAAGCUGUUUGUCAAAACCAAGUUGGAUCAGAAAUGCGUCCUCUAUUGUCUAGAAUGUCUCUGCCGAAACAACGUCUCUGUCAUUAACAAAGUUUCCAGAAUUCUUUCUUUGUUUUACGACGAGGAUAUUCUAGAAGAAGAAACGAUCAUCAAGUGGUACAAAAACCCUGCUAAAAAGAUAGAUCUCGCCCUGUCUAAAAGCAUUAGGGAAAAGGCUAAGCCAUUUGUCGACUGGCUCUCCACUGCGGAAGAGGAGGAAGAAGAAUAGAGUUUCUAUCACAUGUUAUUUUUGAAUCGAUACCAUCGAGUUUUGUUUCUUGUAUUGUAUUGAAAUCCAUAUUAUCCAAUGCUAUGUAUUUUCUUUCUCCUCUCAGAUAAAACUUUAUGUUAAUUUGAAUGGACAAUUCAGCUCGAAUGUCAUUUAGUGAGGGGUUUCCACAGGUCUCUUCUCCUUCCAUCCAGCUUUUCUG